AUGACAACUGCGGAAGCAUCGGCAGAUCGCCAUGCAAGACGACGACCAUUCUCCCACUGGAUGAAACGCCUCACCAACCUCAAGAGUUCUUCAUCUGACAGCAACCCAAACAAUGCAUCGAACAAGCGAAACGGGGCCAGUACGCUGACAAAAAACCGAAAAAAUAACAAUCCAUACCUAUCCGGCCCUGUAGAUAGAAGCUCCGGAGAACAUACGAACGGGCACCUCUCCUUCUCUGAGCCAGCAAAUAGUAUACGACCCAGCCAUUUGUCCCAGUACGAUGAUCCAUCUCCCACGACUGGAGAUAAGUCUGCGGCUCCCACGCUCUCCACUACUGGCGAAACGACAGUCUCUGAAGCAGGCUAUUCCAAAGCCGGCACCUGCACUACCGGCGGCAAUGGUUUUAAUCCCGCUGGUGGCGGAGAAGGCAGCACCUUUUCAUCCCCAUCGCCGUCAGUACGCUCGUUGACUACAACCCUGACAACAAUUCAAUCGGCCGCUCCAUCAACCCAGCUCAACGCAACUCAAAAUGUGAAUCAUUAUUCCGCCGGUAUGGGCAACGAACAUCACGGAGGAUUCCACCAUGCCACUACUCAACAUCCAGGCGUCCAAUUUACACAUCAGUUUCCCACCUCACCCAUUACCGCAGUUCCGCCACAUCUCGCUGUCAAUCCAAACCCCACGACUUAUUCGAGCGCCACAGCAAAUAACCUUCUGACUGAUAACGCAUCAGUCCUUACCCUAGCAUCGUCGUCCAAGCGCCGACGACGAAAUUCUCUUGAUACAAAUGCAUCAGUUCUGGCACUUGCGCCCUCAUCUCUCUUUAGCGGUAGCCGUGAGAGCUUACCGCUCAGUAUGUUGAGCGGACACAUGGGUGGUGUUGCCGGAGUGGAUCAGAGCAGCUCCUCUACACACAAUGUAGCAGGUUUGUUGAACCGAGGCGGUGCUUCAAAUACUGAACGAGCCAGUGUCCAUUCCAUGUCUGGAAUUAUUGCCACUGACCGAGGCAGUGUGAGAAGUGGUAUUCAUUCACACCACGGGCGAAAUGACAGCAUCACCGGAAGUAUUAGCAUGCAGGUUGGCAACACCAUCCCCGGAGCAUCUGGACGAAUCAGCCGCCGUGGAUCCGGCUGGGGUGAGAUUGUUGAUUCUGAGGAUACUGGGGAUGAAACCCAACGUGAAGAAUCCGAUAAGGAGGCCGACGACAAAGGACAUGCGGACGAGAAAUCAGCAGAGAAAGAUAAGAGAGAAUGCUAA